GUUGACCCCGAAUUCAAGGGACUUUCCCUGACCGGUUUCAGAAAAAAGAUAAUUCAAUUCUCGUCCUGUGUACUCUGUACUGUGUCAUUUCUUACAAGGAGCCUGAUCUCAGUAUCUUCAUAUCUUAUAGCCACUAGCUAGUAGCUUUGUUCUAUCUGGGCUCAUAUUCCCAUCAGCUCACAACUUCAAACCAAAAGCAAACCAAAACCAAAGGUUAACUAUCCAUCACAACACAAUCACAUCAUCAUGUCCACCGUUGCCACUAUUGUCUCUUCCUGGCUCGCAAUCCUACUUGUCGUCUUUCUCCCUUCCUUUUCCGACGCUGAGACCUGCAGGUGGAACCCCUACGUCAAAGAAGAAGUGAAAAGAGAUUACUGGACGUUGUGCCCUUUGCCCUGCAAGAAGGCGAAGGUUGUGGGAUACACAUGGGUGCUUAGAACCGGACUUGACUUUUGCAUCAACCAACCCGACCGAUCCAGCGUGACAGAGUUCACCCCCGACCAGCUAACCUUUGACUUUUCGACCGACAAGCCUGACGAUUGGAAGAAGCUCGUCCGGAACGGGGAGUGCGAGACUCUUGCUGACCUGGGUUCUGCCUCGUGGUGCACCAACCGCCAGAUCGAUGGCAAGGACUGCGACACAGAGGUCAGCGAAACGGUGAUUGAUGGCGAACUCACCAAAAUUAAGCACUGCUCGUCCAGUGGAGGGACGUCGUCCGGUGGAAACACCGCCUGCUCCUCCUGGAAUCCGUUUUGUUAGAGCAUGUUUGUGACAUGCUGUACCCCCUUUAGUUGAACUUCUGCCCUGUGCACCAUGUUUGUCUCCAUACCCGGUAUCCAGCAGGACCCAUUCUACUCCCUCACUUGAGCCAAUAGGGCCAAGUGUCAAAGGGAGUGAAUGAUUGAAUCAAAAGCAAAGCCAUUGGCCCAGUAGUUUUAAGUAUAACAACUACUAAUCAUUGUGUGAAACCG